UCUCAUGGAACAAAAUAAUUAGAAAUUCAUAGUGGCUCCACCACCGCUCGAAAAAGCUUUUAAUUUGCUUGUUGAGCGGCGGCGGAGUGAAUUCACACAUAAUGUUAAAAUUAUGUGUGUAUGACGAAUUCGGGAUGCUUAAUAUUUUAUUUAAAUUUUGUUUUUAUUUAUUUUUUCGUUUUUAUUUUGUUUCAUAUUUUAUUCUUUUUGUUGUUCUACGAUGCGCGGUGUUUUGUUCUUGAUUGCUCCGUUUUGUGUUUCACACAUUUUCCACUUGGCUUCGCUUGACAUCAUCACAAUGGGCGCCUCCGAAUGAUCUUUUUCGCUUCUUGCUAUGGGUGCUGUUGCUUAUCUUGUUCAUUUUGCGAUAGGAAUGAUGAUCCUUAACAAUGAGGUCAGUCAAACCAAAGGCAUAUUAUACCCUCGGGAAUCGGAAACAAGAGAUGUCCGUAGCUUGGAUGGAAUGUGGAAUUUCUUGAAAUCGGAUGAAAGCAAUCCCACUCAAGGUGUUCGAGAUAAAUGGUACAUGGAUGACCUAAGCAAGGUAAAACCAACAAUACCAAUGCCAGUACCAGCGAGUUACAAUGAUGUAACGACCGAGGUUAGUUUGAGAGAUCAUGUGGGAACGGUGUGGUAUGAUCGAAAGUUCUUCAUACCACGGGCAUGGGAAGCCGGACAGAGGGUCUGGAUUCGGUUUGGAAGUGUUCACUAUGAGGCUUUUGUGUGGAUAAAUGGUCAAAUGGCUGUGAAACAUGAAAUAGGUCAUCUGCCAUUUGAGGCUGAGAUAUCAGAUCUCAUCAAUUAUGGACGAGAAAAUCGUAUCACGGUGUUGUGUGAUAAUGCUUUGAUUCAGACAACAGUGCCUCAAGGAAAGAUAACUGAAGUAGCAAAAGAUGGAGGUGUUUCAAUAGUACAAACUUAUAGUUUUGAUUUCUUCAACUAUGCCGGUAUCCACCGAUCUGUGCAUAUAUUUACAACCCCUAAAGUUUACAUCGAAGAAGUCGAAGUAACAACCGACCUAAAUGUGGAAAAUACAGGAUUUGUUUAUUAUAAAGUCAGCAGCAAUGGAACAAACGAUGUGAAGGGACUUUAUGUUCAAGUUCAACUUCGUGACCGAGAAGGUGUCAUUGUGGCAAAUGAAACAUCGAAAUCUGAUUUGAAGGGAGUUCUGAAGGUUCCAAAGGCAAUGCCAUGGUGGCCAUAUUUGAUGCAUCCAGAACCUGGAUAUUUAUAUCAAAUGGAAGUGUUCCUACAUGACGACAAUGCCAGUGUUUUGGAUGUGUAUCGACUAAAGAUCGGAAUUCGGACACUGACAUGGAAUAAUACGUCGUUUAUGAUCAACGGAAAACCAAUUUACUUCCGUGGAUUUGGAAGACACGAGGAUUCAGAUAUAAGGGGGAAAGGUUUGGACUUUGCACUUCUUACCAGAGAUUUCAAUCUCUUGAAGUGGAUUGGAGCGAAUGCGUAUCGGACAUCCCAUUAUCCAUAUUCGGAGGAGUCAAUGCAAUUUGCUGAUGAGCACGGGAUAAUGAUUAUUGAUGAAUGUCCUAGUGUGGAUACAGAGAACUAUAGCCAAGCUCUCUUGGAUAAGCACAAAUCUUCCAUGGAUCAAUUGAUCCAUCGUGAUCGUAAUCACGCAAGUGUUGUGAUGUGGUCAAUUGCCAAUGAGCCCAGAACUAGUCAAUUCCAUGCAGAUUCAUAUUUCGAAUUUGUUGCCAAUUUCACAAGAACCUUAGAUCGCACCCGCCCAGUGACUGCUGCCAUUGCAGUUCCUAAUACAGACGACAAAGCUGCCAAACAUUUAGAUAUAAUAAGUUUCAAUCGUUAUAAUGGUUGGUAUUCAAAUGCUGGCCGAUUGGACAUGAUCACCAGUCGAGUGGUGAACGAGGCUGUGGCAUGGAACAAGAAACACAAUAAACCAGUUCUGAUGUCAGAAUACGGAGCUGAUACUGUCGAAGGUUUACAUUUUUUGCCAUCUUAUGUGUGGUCAGAAGAAUACCAAGCUGAGCUAUUUUCCCGACACUUUAGAGCCUUCGAUAUAUUGCGUAAGAAGUCGUGGUUCAUUGGAGAGUUCGUGUGGAAUUUUGCCGAUUUCAAAACUGCACAAACUGUAACUCGGGUGGGUGGCAACAAAAAGGGUGUCUUCACACGCAAUCGUCAACCAAAGUCAGCCGCUCAUCUCCUGAGAAAGCGAUACUUUGCCGUCGGACAAGAAGUGGACCAAUGUAGCUUCCCAGAGGAUCUGUUCAUCUACAUUACCGACAGUACAGGGAGUAGUAAAACACACGACUCCACUGAUCUAUAAAAGCAUUUAAGACAACAAAACUAAAAAAGGUUUCAUGAAUGAGUAGUUGAAGAAGGAAGACAGGAACAGAAACAAAUACACACCAAACGAGAAACUAGGAUUAAUGUACAUAAUUUUAUUUUUUCUUUAGUUCGUAAGUUCGUUCGCCAAGACUUUACUAUUGUAUAUUUGCGAUAUAAAAAAGAGAGGUUUUGUAUAAUCAAAGGGA